AUGUCCGCUGCCGCGCGUGCGGCGACCUUGCGGUCCCAGGUACCGGCCCUCAAGGCAGGCUCCCGAGCUGUUUCAUACUCGGCCCUGCCGGCGCAGGCUUUGAAGCUGUCUGCGCAGAGUCAAACUAGCAUCCUGCGUGCAAGCCGUUCCCCUGCCCCGAUCGUCUCGCCAUUCGCCGCCGUUCUCUUGACCAGAUCCUUCCACGUCGCCACUCCCCUCUUCCAGCAACAACAGCAACAACAAUCGCCGAAGGAUGAGAAGAAGCAGGGAGAAGAAUCCAAGUCGGAAUCUGAGGGCGGAGAGUCCAAGGAGGAUGGCAAGGAGAAGAAGGAGGAUGCUCCGCCCCCGCCACCCCACGGUGACAAGUCCCCCUGGCAAGUGUUCCGCGAAACUCUGCAGACCGAAUUUAAGGCCUCGAAGGAGUGGAACGAGUCUACCAAGGCUCUCGCUUCCUCGGCACAUGAGUUCAGCGAAAACGAGAACAUCAAGCGCGCUCGUGCUGCCUACCAGGCUGCCUCCGGCGCCGCCGGUACCCGCACUUCUGCCGCCCUGAAGUCGACUGGACAGGUUAUUGGGAAGAGUGCCGCUUGGACAUGGAACACCACUGCUGUGAAGGGUAUUCGUAAGGGUGUCAACGCCACCGGUGAAGGUCUCGAGAAGGCCACGCGACCUGUCCGUCAGACCGAGGCCUACAAGAGUGUGAAGGAUGCUAUCGAUGACGGUAGCAGCUCUCGCUACGGUGGAUGGGUUGAGAAGGAGGAGCGUCGCAAGCAGCGCCAGCUCCGCGAGGAGAUGGAGCUGAAGUCUGGAAAACGUCGCACGGAACAGGCGGUCGAGGACCCCAACGCUGGUACCAACGUGACUCUCCACAAGGAUUCGGCUUGGAAGGAGUCAUGGCGCGAUUUCAAGGACUCCAACCCUAUGAUGCAGAAGCUGUUCGGUCUGCGCGACGUCUACGAGGAGUCUGAGAACCCUCUCAUCAGCACCGCCCGCAGCAUCACUGACCGCAUUGGUGGCUUCUUCGCCGAGAACGAGACCGCCAUGGUCAUUAAGCGAUUUCGGGAAAUCGAUCCCAACUUCAAGAUGGAGGAGUUCCAGCGUGAGCUGCGCGAGUACAUGCUGCCCGAAGUUCUGGACGCCUACGUCAAGGGUGAUAUCGAGACUCUGAAAAUGUGGCUUUCGGAUGCUCAGUUCUCUGUUUACGCUGCUCUCGCCAAGCAGUACACCACUGCUGGUCUGAAGUCUGACGGCCGCAUCUUGGAUGUCCGUGGUGUUGAUAUCUCUCACGCCCGUCUGUUGGACCCCGGUGAGAUCCCCGUCUUUGUCGUUACCUGCCGUGCUCAGGAGAUCCACGUCUACAAGAACGUCAAGACUGGCAAGCUUGCCGCCGGUAUGGAGGACAAGGUUCAGCUGGUCACCUACGCCAUCGGAAUGACCCGCAUUCCCGAGGAGGUCAACAACCCUGAGACUCGGGGUUGGAGACUGAUCGAGCUGCAGAAGGCUGCUCGUGACUAUAUCUGA